UGCUGCAACGAUAAAGACAUGACUUCAAGUAUAUUUCUAACGACUGCGGAGAAUGGUUUGCGACAUGACAAAAUUGUAAUUCUGGAUGCUGGAGCACAAUAUGGCAAGGUUAUCGAUCGCAAGGUGCGCGAACUGUUGGUGGAAUCGGAUAUUCUGCCAUUGGAUACACCAGCAGCAACUAUACGCAAUCAUGGCUAUAAGGGUAUUAUAAUCUCAGGGGGCCCCAAUUCCGUUUACGCUGAAGAUGCGCCCACAUACGAUCCUGAGCUGUUUAAGCUUAAAAUACCGAUGCUGGGCAUCUGCUAUGGCAUGCAACUAAUUAACAAAGAAUUCGGCGGCACCGUCCUCAAGACGGAUGUGCGGGAGGAUGGACAGCAGAAUAUUGAAAUUGAAACCUCAUGUCCUUUGUUUAGUCGUCUCAGUCGCACACAGUCUGUGCUGUUAACCCAUGGCGACAGCGUGGAGCGAGUGGGCGAUAAACUGAAAGUGGGCGGCUGGUCAACAAAUCGUAUUGUGACUGCUAUUUAUAACGACGUAUUGCGCAUCUACGGUGUGCAAUUUCAUCCGGAGGUGGACCUAACCAUCAACGGCAAGCAGAUACUGUCCAAUUUUCUAUACGAAAUCUGUGAGUUAACGCCAAACUUCACCAUGGGUAGUCGAAAAGAGGAAUGCAUUCGAUAUAUACGCAAUAAAGUGGGCAACAACAAAGUGUUGUUAUUGGUCAGUGGCGGUGUUGACUCGAGCGUCUGUGCCGCGCUGCUGCGUUGCGCUCUACAUCCUAGCCAAAUUAUAGCAGUGCAUGUGGAUAAUGGUUUCAUGCGUAAGAACGAAAGCGAUAAAGUUGAACGCUCACUCAGAGAAAUUGGCAUUGAUUUGAUUGUACGCAAGGAAGGCUACACGUUUCUCAAAGGGACCACGCAAGUGAAGCGUGCCGGCCAGUAUUCAGUAGUGGAAACGCCCAUGUUGUGUCAAACUUAUAAUCCCGAGGAGAAGCGUAAAAUCAUUGGUGAUAUAUUUGUGAAGGUGACCAAUGAUGUGGUGGCCGAGCUCAAGCUUAAACCAGAGGAAGUGCUGUUGGCGCAAGGAACUCUGCGACCGGACUUAAUAGAGUCAGCAUCGAAUAUGGUCAGCACGAAUGCCGAAACCAUCAAGACGCAUCACAAUGACACGGAUCUGAUUCGGGAACUGCGCAAUGCCGGUCGAGUUGUAGAGCCAUUAUGUGACUUCCAUAAGGAUGAGGUGCGUGAUCUGGGCAGUGAUCUUGGCCUGCCAGCAGAGCUUGUGGAACGACAACCGUUUCCAGGACCUGGUCUGGCCAUACGCGUACUCUGCGCUGAAGAAGCCUACAUGGAAAAGGAUUACUCAGAGACACAGGUUAUAGCACGCGUCAUUGUGGACUACAAGAACAAAUUGCAUAAGAAUCAUGCGCUUAUCAAUCGUGUAACGGGAGCUACUAGUGAAUUAGAGCAAAAGGAACUCUUGCGUAUCUCUGCCAAUUCGGAAAUCCAGGCCACGCUGUUGCCUAUUCGCUCGGUGGGCGUGCAAGGCGACAAGCGCACUUAUAGCUAUGUGGUGGGACUGUCAACAUCAACAGCCGAGCCCAAUUGGGCGGACAUGAUGUUUUUAGCAAAAUUAAUACCACGCAUUUUGCAUAAUGUUAACCGCGUCUGUUAUAUCUUUGGUGAGCCUGUGCAGUAUCUGGUGAAUGAUAUAACGCAUACAACGCUCAAUACUGUGGUGCUGGCACAUCUGCGGCAAGCAGAUGCCAUUGCUAAUGAGAUUAUAAUGCAAGCGGGCCUUUAUCGCAAAAUCUCACAAAUGCCUGUAGUUCUAAUACCCGUGCACUUUGAUCGUGAUCCCAUAAAUCGCACACCCUCCUGCAGAAGAUCCGUGGUGUUGCGACCCUUCAUAACGAACGACUUUAUGACUGGUGUGCCAGCAGUGCCUGGUUCCGUUCAACUGCCUUUGCAAGUCUUAAAUCAAAUGGUGCGAGAAAUCUCUAAAUUAGAUGGCGUAUCCCGAGUACUCUACGAUUUAACAGCUAAACCGCCCGGCACCACAGAGUGGGAAUGAUGCGUUCAAACCAAAACUUUCAACAGCCAUUUCAUAGAAAUAAAGUUAUGUAGCAACAAUAA